AUGGCGAACACUGUGAGAAGAAUUUACUGGACCCUGGUGUUUGUCGUCUCUUUAAUACCUUUAUUAGGAGCUUUUUAUGGCUCACGAAACGAGAGUCCAUAUAUCCAUUGGCUAGGCUGUAUUGGCUUCAUUUCAGUUUUAACAUUAGGAUUAUGCUUCUUUGUCUCGUUUCAUUUAUGUCGUUGCUGUGCCCCCUUUGUCAUUGGGAUAUUGAGCGGAACGAGCAGAAGUUUAUCCCCGAUUGUUAAGUACCUAAACAAAACCAGAUUUCUUGGACCGCUAUUAUCUUGGUGUAUCCGAUCCAUAUUUUUUUUUUGGUUUAUCGUGCUGAUAGUAAGCGAUGUGUUGAUUCGUAAAAUUUUGUCAAGGACUGCCGGAGUACAUGAAAGCACCGGUUGCCAUUUUAGCCCGAUCGGCGCCUCAAACAAGAAUUUUCAACCCUUGGGAUUAUUCGAUGACCUAGAGGACGUCGAAGAAACAAACAAAUCAAAGGUACACGAAAUCUAUCAUGGCAACUAUAAUCAAAAGGUCUCUUUAUCUUUGGCAAUGGCCUCGAAGUUAGCUUAUGAGGACGUUCCCAUAAUUAGGCAUGAAUUGGAAAAGUCGGGUUAUGACAUGAAGACUUUCAAGCCAAUCGCCUACAAGAAUAUUUGUGGAUACAUAGUAGAAAAGAAGCUAGAAAAAUACGAUGUAAUAAUAGUGGUGUUCAGAGGGUCGAAUCCUCUAAACGUUCAAAAUUUUUUAACCGACAUCAGAUCUUUGCUCGUACCAAUAAAAUCACCUACAAGGGGAUGCAUGGGACUGGUUCACGAGGGAUUUUAUGAGGCCUUGGGAGAACACGUGGAUGACUCGAUUCGUGGUUCCGGCUCACAGGCCAUUAUUGAACUUUAUAAUACUUCACUGGUAAAAACCCUUGAGACAACAAUUAGUGCAUUGAAGACGCUCUUGUAUUUUGUGUUUAAAAGUGUGAUCGCCCACAUUCAAGAUCCAAUCGAUCACAGAUAUCUAGGGGAGGAAGAGAGGCAUUUUAGCGCGUACGCUCAGGCGUCAAAUUGGAUAAUGAAAUUGUGUAAUGGGUGCAAUGAAAACAACACAGAUAACUAUUUGUUCAAGGAUAACAUCCGAGAACAACGUGUGUUUAAAACGACAAAGAAAAAGUUAUUUGUCACUGGACAUAGCUUGGGUGGAGGUCUAGCCACAGCUAAAUUGUUACAGCAUGACAAUUCGCUUUCCAACAUUUUAUCCGGAGUAUACACUUAUGGUCAGCCUAACGUAGGAGACAUCCAAUUCGCGGAAUCAUUUGGACCGGAGCUCAGCAAGAAGAUGUUUCACCACACUUACAACAAUGAUUGUGUUCCACGAAUUCCACCAUGGAAACCAUAUUGCAGUCCUCCUGGAAAUUUGGUAUAUAUAGACUCUUCAUAUUCUAUUUACAUAUAUCCUCCAGAUCCAAUCACCAGUAUGCCAGUUUUAAUACGUGGAAUAUCAUUCGUUCACCUAUCCGGAUUACUAAAUCUUAACGUCAUAAGAAGAAUGAUGAACGAAAGUUGGUUAAGAAUCCUCUUUCGAAUAGUGUUUCCAUUUUUUGUCAACGACCACUUUCCGGGCGAUUAUGCGGUAGCCCUAAGGGAUGGAACCGUUGAAAGAGUUAUUAGAGAAAUGAAUGGGAUAGGCGGAAUAGAGGAAAGUUAG